AAUCAGUCCACCGUCACUUACUUCUCAACGCCCACGCCGUGUUCUGUUGUCGUUCGCGUUCGGCUAUCCUAUUUUUGAUGAUAAUAAUGAUUUUAAUCCGUUAGACCAUUUUUGCACUAAUUAUGUCCGAGUCACAGCCAAGACUGACUUUCGCCCGGUACCGUCCUCUUCUCUACCUUCUCUCCGGAGUCGCGGCGGCAUACGCGCUUGUCUACCUUCGCAAUCACCUCUUUUCAUCCUCUGCAUCUCAAUCAUCCCUCCGCCGUCGAAGAACUGUUCGUCGCCAGCGGCGGCACGAGACCGAUGCAGCAGCCGUACCUGUCGACACCCCGUCCUCCCGAGCUAUCGCCCACCUAGAACAGCUAGAACGCCAGAACGGAGUAUACGGUACUUUCCGCAUAGAGACCGAGGAUGGCCGUCGGGUGGAAAGCGGACUGCUCCCGUCCCUCCUCGCAACGCGGGACCAGCUCAUGGAGGAGGUCGGGGUUCCGCAAGCUCACGCUGAGCGGAUGCGCGAGAUGAUGGAAGAUACGUUCCUCGAAUCGUUUCUGGCUUUGGACUUCCCACCAACACAUACUCUGCUCGAGGGGAGUCCUGAGAGAGAAUACUUGACGGAACAGCUUCAGCGACGUGGGAUCUCCCGGCCUGGAAUCGAGAGAGCGCUGGCACGCUUCAAUGAGGACAGCAACUACGGAGAGGAACUGCGUCGGCGGCGGCAGAACGGAGAAAGAGUCACCUUAUCGACCUCGACCUUUCCGGACGAUUCCCCCCCGGUUCAGAACCUCGAUGGGGGCGAAACGGUCGUUGAUGACCAAAGUGUAUUUUCAUGGCGAGAAGGGAACAACGAUUCCUUGCAGGCACGAGAUGGCCAAAACCUGCUUAACCUGCUCUACCACAUCGCGGAGGAUCAAGCGAGAAAGGAUGGGUAUAUCCACCGAGGGGUCACCUGUAAUAGCUGUGGGGCCAUGCCGAUUCAAGGAAUCCGCUAUCGAUGCGCCAACUGCAUUGACUACGAUCUCUGUGAGACCUGUGAGGCAAUGCAGGUGCACAUCAAGACCCAUUUGUUCUACAAGGUUCGGAUUCCGGCGCCGUUCUUGGGCAACCCCCGGCAAUCCCUGCCAGUAUGGUACCCUGGAAAACCCGCAAUGCUUCCGCGCACCUUGCCACGCUCGCUAGCCAAACGCUUGAUGAAAGAGACCAAUUUCGAAGGAACGGAGCUCGAAGCGCUCUGGGACCAGUUCAGGUGCUUGGCGAGCCAUGAAUGGGCCGAGGACCCCAACCGGUUGUACAUGGCCAUUGAUCGCAAAACAUUCGAUCGGUGCUUCGUUCCAAACACCUCUCUCCGCCCGCCACCGCCAAGUUUGAUCUAUGACCGCAUGUUUGCCUUUUAUGAUACGAACGGAGAUGGCUUGAUUGGGUUCGAGGAGUUCCUAAAGGGCCUUGCCAGCUUGAAUAACAAGAGCAACGAUGAAAGGCUGCGUCGCGUCUUCCGUGGCUACGACAUCGACGGAGAUGGGUAUGUUGAAAGGAAAGAUUUCCUCCGGGUGUUUCGAGCAUACUACACCCUCAGCCGAGAGCUCACCCGGGAUAUGGUUGCGGGGAUGGAGGAUGAUUUUCUGGAAGGCGGUGCCCGGGACGUUGUGCUUGGAAGUCAACCCAUCAGCUCAGCUUUCCCUGGCAGUAUCCCAUCUGGAGAACCCUCAAGAACUGGUGAGGGAAAGCGGAUGAACCAAUAUGGCGACAUGGAGGUCACCGACAACGAGGGAGUGCUUCGACCGGACGGCAAUGAUACCGGGGACCGACACUCCGUUGUUGGUGAAGCGGCCGUUCGCCGUCAAUUUGGGCGAUCACAGCCGCUUGUUCCUGUCACAGUUCGGGUGGCGCCUCCCGCAGGAUCUAGCGCUGCGCAUGCUUCGGGGAGUCAAAGUAGAAGAGAUGCCCGUGAUGAGAACGGAGAUGACGAAGACGUUCACGACAACGAGACAGACAGCUUCUCCGCCGUGAGCGACCGUUGGCCCCCACCGGAGCAUAUUCAAGAGGAAGAUAUUGUCAAUGCCCUGGGGGCCUAUGUUCCUCUUCAGGAGGUUACCGACCCCGUGGACCGGGCGCGCAUCGGCACGGCUGUCUAUAACCGGAUGUGUGACAACGGCCAAAGACAGGCGGAAUACGCUCGAAGACAGGGCAUUGACGAGCGGUGGAGAAGGAGAGCAUUUUACACCGACGAAGAAGAUGGGGGCACUGCCCCGGAUGGAUAUCACAGUGAAUCCGAGGUGAGUGAUGCCGCCGAGGAGGAUGACGGUCUCGAUGAAUCACAGCCGGACUACGAGUCUCACCCGCCGUCCCCACGUUCCCGAUCAUCGUCCAAGGUGCGGUUCCAGGACGACCUGACCGAUGACUACGAAGUGAGAUCGAACCCGUCAACGUCCUCGCGGAGCAUCCUCGUAGGUGAACGAUGGGGAGGGUUUGAGGUGCCCGAGGUGGAGAGAGACGUCGGAAAGGAGAUCUUAUAUCAAGUCACGCAACAGGGGUUCAAUGAAAUCCUGGAUAUCAUGUUCAAGCCCAAAGAAGAUCUACUCAUGGAAGUCUAUCGGACCCGCACUGAACGCAAAAUCUGGGCCCACGAGAUUGAAGUCGCAGAGCAAAUGGACGCUCAGAACAGGGCCGACCGCGAGAAUAUGCAAGCCGCGGGCGAGGGCACUGAAGGUGCACCGGGCCCGGGCACAUACCAUACCAGACCUCUUGACGAGCUUCUCAACCGGGCAGGCUAUGCUCUACGCAGCCCUACCCUUGAAGCUCAAGAUGGGCCUGUCCUUGCCCCUCCCUCCGGCGGCGACUUGCGAGUCCCCGUCCAGGAGGACACCGAUGAGGAGGAUAGCGACGCAGACGACCUCCGCCGACCUACCCAUCUUGCCAACCCCGAAGACGACGAUGACAACGCGCAAUCACCCAUCUCUCCACUAGGACGAGCAGACGACUUCGUGCUCUCUCCUACCCCACUCUCUCCCACUACUCUCCCUGUCAUGGAAGAGCUUACCACAGACCUCGACUACGACCCAACACUCCCCCAACACCGUCCAAACGACGACCUCCCCAGAACCCACCACCACCACCACGCUCCCACUACCACCACGAACCCCCCCCUCCUUCACCCCAACGGCAGCGCCACCACCUUCCCGGCCCCUCCCUCACUCUCCCCCUCCUCCCCAGACGCCGAAGCCACCGCUCCUAAGCGCGCCCCAUCCCCAAUCCAACCUCUCCCCGCCGCCCAAUCGUCGUCAUCGUCAUCGUCAUCAUCUCUCCCGAACCGCCAAGGUCCCACGCUCCCGCCGCCCCCGCAAACCCUCUCACGCUGGGCUUACCUCAACCGCGUCGAGCGAGAAGCCAAGGAGCGCGGCGGCACGGGCGCCAAACUGAGUUUCGAUGAGUUUUCGCGCCGCAUGGCUGCGGACCGGGGGAGGAGGCUAGCGUUCGUAGCUAGUUGGAUUGAGAUGGCUAGUUUUUAGUUCUAUUUUUUUUUUUCCUUUCCUUUCUUCUUCUUCUUCUUCUAUUACUGGUUUAGGUACUGUACUAUACUUACUUUACAUACUUUACUAUACUAUACUAUGCUAUGU